AUGGGAGACGACAUCUGUUCAGUCUUGCAGGUGACCCAACAGAAGGGGAAGGAGAUGGAAGGGCAGAGCCCAGAAGGACCUGGACUUGGAGAGACAUCAAGGAAAGACCCCUGUUCCAUCCAAUCUGGGAGUGGUGCUGCAUUCUGGGAGGGAGCCAUGCCAGAAGUCUGGGAUCGGGGGACCCUGAACUCAGAAGUGCUUUGCCGACACUUCCGGGAGUUCCGCUACCAUGAUGCUGAUGGGCCUCGCGAAGUUUGCAGCCGGCUCCAUGGACUUUGCAGUCGCUGGCUGAAGCUGGAGAGAAACUCCAAGAAGCAGAUCCUGGACCUGGUGACCCUGGAGCGGUUCCUGACCAUCCUGCCCCAUGAAAUGCAGUGCUGGGUCAGAGGGUGUGGGCCGGAGAGCAGCUCCCAGGCGGUGGCCCUGGCCGAGGGUUUCCUCCUGAGUCAGGCCGAGGAGAAGAGGCAGGCAGAACAGGGGUGGGGCCCAUCAGUGAGGAUGGAAGCAGCGUUCUCUCGGGAGGAGGAGGAAGGAGGUCCGCUGGAGGAAGUGGAGCCAGCCCCGGCCCAAGAGCGUAGCCAAGAUGCCCUCUCACCCAGCAGUCAAGGAACCGUCUUGAGCCGCCCUCCUUGCGCAGGUGUGGAAACAGCGGCAGCACCUCCAGUCCAGCCUCCAUUUUCCUUUGAGGAGGUGGCCGUGUAUUUCACCGAGGCAGAGUGGGCGCUGCUGGAUCCAGACCAAAGAGCUCUCUACGAGGAAGUCAUGCUGGAGAACUACAGGAGCGUCGCGUGUCUGGCACAUGCAGAGGAGACGGUGGGGAUAUUCCAGGGCUGCUCUGUGGAAAAAGACAAGGAGGAUGUUUCUGAAGGAACGUUUGAGGACAGAGACGGAGCACUGAGGCAGGAGGGAAGCCAAGCAGACAGGACAAGGGAUAAGCCCGUCCAAUCCAAAGGAGUAGACUUCUGUGGAAUCCCAGCAUAUAAAUGCAUCGAGUGUGGAAUGAACUUCUCAGAUAAAAGCCAAUACGAGAUCCACAUCGAAAUGCACAGUGGAAAGAAGACCCAUCAAUGCUUGGAGUGUGGCAAGACUUUCCUCUGCAGAGUAGAACUCCUUAGGCAUCAAAUAAAGCACAAAGGACAGAAACUUUACAACUGUUCAGACUGUGGCAAGAGCUUCUUACAAAAAUCAAAUCUUUUUCAACACCAAAAGACUCAUUCAGCAGAGAAGCCAACAAUCUACGUAGAGAGGGGAAUGACCUUCUCUCAUAAAAGUAAGGGUAAUGUACACAUUCCAAACAAUAGUAUACCGAGGGGGCAUAAAUGCUUUUGGUGUGGAAAGUUCUUCAGCUGCAGAUCAAAGCUCUUUGUGCAUCAAAGAACUCACACAAAGGAGAGACCUUUUGAAUGCUCAGAGUGUGGAAAGAGAUUCAGUUGGAGUAGCACUCUUCACCAGCAUCAAAAAACUCACACAAAGGAGAUGCCUUUUGAAUGCUCUGAGUGUGGAAAGAGAUUCAGUCAGAGUAACAGUCUUCAGUGGCAUCAAAAAAGUCACACAAAGGAGAGGCCUCGGCAGUUCUUAUUAAUAUGACAUGCGAAAUCCAGUGCUUUGUUAAGACCCCAAUUUGAUCGCCAUGUUCCCUUAGUAUUUUGGAAAGGCAUUCCCUGGAGAGCGGAAAGUUAAAGCAGCAAUCUUCAAUGGUGUCAUGCUCAGAACAUGGAACAAGAUUCAGUUGGCCUGGUUAGUUCUGUUCUUCCUUUUGUGUACUUUUCUGUUCCAUUACUCUGAUUAUUAUAAGAGUUCUUUUCAUUCCUAUGUGUGCAUACCUGGAAUGCUGCAUUGAGGCUGUUGAUUUUAUUUCUGUAAUCUUUUCCUUCCUUUUAUUUGUAGCAAUUGGUUUCCUCGCUCAUCCAUCAAGAUUUUCCAUUUUAUUUGGCUACAUGAAUAACCACAGUUCAAGAGCUUAAGUGAUAACCACCCGCCUCCCUACUUCUUUCCAUCUUUUCCCAGCUAUUCUGGGGAUUAUCACCUACUUAAUCUUCUGCCUGUUUAUGCUAGUCAUAUCUCUGAGGUUGUACAAAAUAUAUCUUGGCUGCAUUAAAAAUUCAACCUGCCUUUCAUUUAGGUCUUAGUUUAAAACCCAGUGGUUCUGUAGCUAUUUGAAUUGUAGGUUUGCUUGACCAUCUUAUGAUAUAUAUGUAAUAGUCCCUUUUUCUUAAAUCAGUAAAAUUUUCACUCCCAUAUUAUUUCCAUUAUUGUUACAUUCUUUUUUCUAAAUGUUUAUGUGCUAAAGAGACAUCUUUCAAUAAAUUAAAUGAAAACAAACCAGCAAA